CGCACUCCUCUUUCCUUUCUUUCGGUCAUUUCCCAUUUCCUCGUUCAAUACACUCCGAAUCCUCGCACACACACACAAACAAUUCUACACGCACACUAAUCCAUGCUGCCGACGUCGCUGCUGCUGCGCGAUCCGUUUCUGAAGGCGCUGCUGAGCACCGCGUCGUCGUGGAACUUUGAUGACCGCGCCAAGCCAUCUUCGCUUUCUUCCUCCUCCACGUCCUCGUCCACGUCCUCGUCCUCUGCGUCGUCUGCGAACUCGAGUGGACGUCGCUUGGCUUCCAUUUCCAUCAUUCUGCGCCUGCCCGCGUCCGCCGUGCACCACUCCACGCCCAACACUGCUGCUGCUGCCGCCGCUGCUUCGACUACUUCGCCGCUGUCAUCGUCCUGGUCGGCUGUCUCUGCCUCGUCCACCAAACCCUCGUCCUCGUCUUCGUCUUCGUCUUCGUCCUCGUCCUCGUCCUCAUCCUUCUCGACAGUCUCCAACGCGACCAGCACGCCCGGUGUCCUCGUCUCGGGUUCGUCAGAGUCGCCGUCGCCAGUCUCGUCCGUCGAGUCUGUUUCGCCCGUCUUGCGCCCCGCGUCACCAAUUCUACAACCUGCUACACCUGCUGCUGCUGCUACUACUGCAACCACCUCCUCCGCCACGUCCACCACGUCGUUCUCUGUAUUGUCCGCUUCGUCGUCGGCUGUGCUGCCAAAUUUCGUGCUGGGACCGCCGGGCGUUCGCUCCGUCCCGCCGCGCGCCCCGGUCGCUCUGUCGCGCACGUCCCUCUCGCUCUUGCAGCGAAACGGCCUCGUGGUUCCCGCGCCCAUUCCCGCCUCAACGUUGACUGCAUCGGCACCUUCUGCCUCGGCUUCGUCGUCUCUUGGAAACUCGGAAACGCCCGCCACGCCCAUCGGCCAACCUCCGACUGCAGCCAGCCUGGCGCUCUCGCGUGCCGAAAUUCUGUACCUGAAACGCGUCGAGCGUGCUGGAGACCCCUUCUCGGCGGAUGUGUGCUUCCCAGGCGGGCACAUCGAAGCUGGCGAGACGCCGUUGCAGGCGGCCAUUCGCGAAACAAGAGAGGAAACUGGGCUCGAUGUCGAUCCAACUCGCGUCGACUCGCCCUUUAUGCUGAUUGGCCAGCUCAAACCACACACAGCCGGUCGCUCGCGCAAGUAUACAGUGCACGUGUUUGUCUUUGUCCAGGUGUGCCACGAAACGCCGCCGCUCCAUCUCGCAGAAACGGAAAUUGCCGCCUACCGCUGGGUCCCCGUCACGGCAUUCCUAGCGCCGCAUCUACACCUGCACCAGCACCAGAGCCUUCUUCCUGGUCUGAGCUUGAGCAACAGUGCUAGUUCGAAUGCUGCGUCGCACCCGUCCGGCAUCAACCCGGCACAGCUCGCCACCGCGCCAACGUCCCCCAGCUCCAACAUGACUGUCUAUGCCGCGUCUGCCUCGUCAGGUGUGGUGGAUUGGUUUGACUUUACCAUCUUCCCGUCGUCUUGGGUGUGCACCGUGCUUGCCAUCAUUGGCAUCAACCCCCUCAUCAUGCCGUGCGUCUUUUUGCCCGCGUCGUCGCAUGACACACUUGCAAGCCCCCUGGUGAUGACCUCCUCGUUCUCGGCAGGGAGCUCUACGGCCCCAGGCGAACCCAGCCAGCGUCUCGCCAUGGGGACGACGCAAGACUCGCACACCAUCUUCCGUCUCUGGGGCCUGACGCUCGAUAUUACCUCGGAGCUGCUCAUCCAGACGGUCAACAGGGCGCCUCUCAAUCGUCCAAUGUUCCUGACCUCGUCCGUGUAUUGGAAUGUGGUCUUUUCGCUCUUCCAGCGUCUCGCCGGCCGUGCCGUUCCCUCCAUCCCCAUCGCUGCUCUUUCUGGGCUACUUGCUCCGUUGUUGCUUACUGCGGGCAGCUAUUUCACCUGGAAGGCGCUGCACACCAUGCUGCUCCGCAGUUAGGAAGUCGACUCUGGUUUUUGUCAAUUCCUGUGCUCCAAAAUGCCAAAACAGGUGUAACACCAUUGUAUAAUUGUGUAUAUUGUGGAAAUCAAAUCUUCCAGAUGUUGUACAACAAUUCCAUGUUGAAAGCGAAAAUGCAAACUUUUAUCAAAACAAAAAUAAC